AUGUCUGUCGAAGUCAUCAAGACCGUCUCUCCCAACACCAACGAGGUCGUUAUCACCCGCAAUGGCCCGUCGGCCGGGGACUUGGAGAGCUUGCCCAAGACUUCCGCAGAGGCCUUCAAGACAUGGAGCAAGACGACUCUGGCAGAGAGACAGGAUAUCAUCCGCAAGGCGCUCAAGAAUCUCUCCGACGUCACAGAUGAGCUGGCCCUCGAGCUGACUACCCAGAUGGGUAGGCCUAUUGCCUAUGGAGCAAAGGAAGUCGCCACAGCCAUCAGCCGGUCUGAGUAUCUCGUCAGUAUCAGUGAGGACGUGCUCAAGGACACUGAUGGUGAGGCGGAGAAAGGCUUCAAGCGAUUCAUUCGCAAGGUCCCGGUUGGGCCUGUUCUUAUCCUGUUUGCCUGGAACUACCCAUAUCUCAUCCUCGUCAACUCACUCAUCCCGGCACUUCUUGCUGGCAACACAGUCAUCCUGAAGCCCUCGCCACAGACGCCUACCAUCGUAGAGCAGGUGUCGCAUGCCUUCGCCCAGGCUGGCCUUCCAUCGGGAGUCAUUCAGUACUUCCACGCCGGCUCCCCCACAACGGUAGAGUCUCUUGUCCGGAACCCUUUGGUAUCCCUGGUGUGCUUCACCGGCUCGGUCGCUGGUGGUUUGUCUGUGCAGAGGGCCGCCUCAGACCGCAUUGUGAAUGUCGGUCUGGAACUGGGCGGCAAGGACCCUGCCUAUAUCCGUGAGGAUGUAGACAUCGCCUGGGCCGCCGAGGAGAUUGUCGAUGGAGCCGUGUUCAACUCUGGCCAGAGUUGCUGCUCCCUCGAACGGAUCUACGUCGACGAGAAGAUCCACGACAAAUUCGUCGAGGCCGUUCAGGUUGUCCUCAAGAGCUACAAGCUUGGCGACCCAUUCGACAAGUCCACCAAUGUUGGACCUGUCAUCUCUGAGAGGUCAAAGGCAACCAUCGAGGCGCACAUCAAAGAUGCUGUUGACAAGGGUGCAAAGGACGUGACGCCCGACAACGAAUCAUUCAGUAACCCUCCUCCCAAGGGCAACUUCGUCAAGCCGACGCUGCUGGUCGACGUUACACACGACAUGACUGUCAUGAUCGAAGAAACAUUCGGCCCGGUCAUCCCAGUGAUGAAGGUCAAGAGUGACGAGGAGGCUGUCAAGCUCAUGAACGACAGCGAGUUCGGCCUGACUGCCAGCAUCUGGACCAAGGACACUGAUAGGGCCUAUGAGCUGGCCCAGGACGUCGAAGCUGGUACCGUCUUUGUGAAUCGCUGUGAUUUCCCCAGUCGCGAUCUGGCGUGGACUGGUUGGAAGAACUCAGGCAAGGGACAGACCCUGAGCAGGUUUGGUUUCGAUCAGUUUGUGAAGCUGAAGAGCUUCCACCUCAAGGACUACCCCAAAUAA